AUGGAAGUUGCUGAGCGUCUCCUUGGAGGAGCUGCGCUCGGGCUCCCCCAAGUCGGUGGCCCAGGAGAGCGAGACAUCCAGGAUCUUGGAGGAGGAGAAGUCCUCGGUGUGCAACUCGUCCAGGUCAUCAUAGUUCUCCGUGUCUUUGGUGAUGCUGUUGUUGGAGCUGAGGCUGUCCAAGAUCUGCGCUGGGGUCACGCUGGUGAUCUGGAAGCUGCUCUUCUUCUUCAACUGGAUGGCGAGAGAGAGGAUGGGACCUCUUUUGACUUACUGAAAAUCAGCAACAUAAACCGAAAGACGAUCGGAGCAAAACUAUUUCGGGGCAACAUUUCUAAUGUCCCAGCGUAUCGCUUCAUCCGGUUCGAUCGCAUUCCUCCAGUUAAUUCAGAGAAAUUAAGGCAGAUUAUUAAACUGAUGCAGCAAAAUGAGGGCUUCAUACUUACCCUCACCAUGAGGCAGGAUAGGAGUUCCAAAGGGACCAUCCUUGCAUUGGAAGGCCCUGGCAUCUUUCAACGACAGUUUGAGAUUGUCUCCAAUGGUCAAGAAAACACGCUUGACCUUUCCUAUUGGAUUGAUGGAGCCUGGAAACGGCAUUCUUUGGAAGACGUGGAAUUAGCUGAUGUGCAGUGGAAGAAUAUCACGGUACAAGUCACAGGAGAAAACUUCAGUAUCUACGUUGGUUGCGACCUUGUUGACAGUUUGACCCUGGAAGAACCUUUCUAUGAAUACCUGAAAGCAGAGAAAAGUAACAUGUAUGUGGUCAGGGGAGCUACACGAGAGAGCCACUUUCGGGGUCUCAUACAAAAUCUUUAUCUGGUUUUUGGAACUACAGUAGAGGAUAUUUUGCGCAAUAAAGGAUGCCAGAGAAGUCAAUCAGCUGAAGUGAACACUAUUAAUGAGAACACAGAGAUCCUGCAUCUCAGUCCUUCAAUCAUGACAGAGUAUGUUGGAGAAAACACAGAGAAGAAAGCAGAAUUCUGUGAUCGCUCUUGUGAAGAGCUUGGAUCUAUGUUUGCUGAGCUCCAUGGAUUACGAGUUGUUAUCAACGGCUUGUCUGACAAAUUGAAAAGUGUGUCAGAGGAGAAUAACAAAAUUGUAUCAGAGUUGCUUGGUCCCAACAAAACACUCAAGAACCAGACUGCUUGCUGGCAAGAUGGCCGUGAAUUUGCAAAUAACUCACACUGGGUGGUGGACAGCUGUACAAAAUGUAGUUGCCAGAACUCUAAAACCGUGUGCAAUAAAAUCACAUGCCCGUUCGUGCAUUGUGUCCGUCCAACUUUUAUUGAUGGCGAGUGCUGUCCUAUCUGUUCUCACACUGACGAUCAGGAGGAAGGCUGGUCUCCCUGGUCAGAGUGGACAGAAUGCUCAGUCACAUGUGGAGCUGGAACCCAGCAGCGAGGAAGAUCAUGUGAUGUCACCAGCAAUACUUGCCGAGGCCCAUCCAUUCAGACCAGGACUUGCUCUCUUGGCAAAUGUGACAAUCGCAUACGUCAAGAUGGUGGUUGGAGUCACUGGUCUCCUUGGUCUUCCUGUUCCGUAACAUGUGGAGUAGGCAAUAUCACUCGCAUACGACUCUGCAAUUCCCCAAUGCCACAAAUGGGUGGGAAAAGCUGCAAAGGAGGUGGACGUGAAACUGAAGAAUGCGAAAGGGAGCCAUGUCCAAUCAAUGGUCGAUGGGGUCCUUGGUCUCCUUGGUCUAUAUGCACAGUUUCCUGUGGUGGAGGCAUUCGUGAGCGAUCUCGUCUCUGCAAUAGUCCAGAACCUCAGUAUGGUGGAAAGUCAUGCGCAGGCGAAGUCAUUCAACGUGAUAUGUGCAAUAAACAGGAUUGUCCAAUAGAUGGCUGUUUAUCCAAUCCUUGCUUUCCUGGAGCAGAAUGCAACAGCUAUCCAGAUGGCUCAUGGUCCUGCGGUGCAUGUCCGGCUGGUUAUCUGGGAAAUGGAACAUUCUGUGAGGACCUUGAUGAGUGUGCUGUAGUGCCAGAUGUUUGCUUUAAGUUCAAUCAGAACCAUCGAUGUGUAAACACCAAUCCAGGAUUCCACUGCUUACCGUGCCCUCCCCGCUACAGAGGAACUCAACCCUACGGGGUGGGCCUAGAGGCUGCCAGAACAGAAAAACAAGUAUGUGAGCCCUCCAACCCUUGCAAAGAUAAGACACACAGCUGCCACAGUUCAGCUGAGUGCAUCUACCUGGGACAUUUCACCGACCCUGUGUACAAGUGUGAAUGUAGGACAGGCUAUGCUGGUGAUGGAUUCAUCUGUGGGGAGGACUCUGACUUGGAUGGAUGGCCCAACAGUAACCUGGUCUGUGCUGCCAAUGCUACUUAUCACUGCAUGAAGGAUAAUUGUCCUUUCCUGCCAAAUUCUGGACAAGAAGAUUUUGACAAGGAUGGAAAAGGUGAUGCUUGUGAUGAAGAUGAUGACAAUGAUGGUGUAGAGGAUGAUAAAGACAAUUGCCCACUUCUGUUUAAUCCCCGGCAAUCUGAUUAUGAUAAGGAUGAAGUUGGUGAUCGUUGUGAUAACUGUCCAUAUGUGCACAAUCCUGCUCAGAUUGACACCGAUCAUAAUGGAGAGGGAGAUGCGUGUGCAGUAGAUAUUGAUGGAGAUGAUGUUUUCAAUGAUCGUGAUAACUGCCCAUAUGUCUAUAACACAGACCAGAGAGAUACAGAUAGAGAUGGAGUUGGUGAUCAUUGUGAUAAUUGUCCCCUGGUACACAAUCCAGAUCAGACUGAUGUGGACAAUGAUUUGGUUGGUGACCAGUGUGACAACAAUGAAGACAUCGAUGAUGAUGGCCAUCAGAAUAAUAAAGACAACUGCCCUUACAUUUCCAAUGCUAACCAGGCUGAUCAUGACAAGGAUGGCAAAGGGGAUGCCUGCGAUCCUGACGAUGAUAAUGAUGGUAUCCCAGAUGACAGAGACAAUUGUCGACUUACCUUCAACCCUGACCAGAAGGAUUCUGAUGGUGAUGGCCGAGGCGACAUCUGCAAAGAUGAUUUUGACAAUGAUAGUGUCCCAGAUAUUUUUGAUGCAUGUCCUGAAAAUGAUGCCAUUAGUGAAACAGAUUUCAGAAAGUUUCAAAUGGUACCCCUGGAUCCUAAAGGAACAGCUCAGAUUGAUCCAAAUUGGGUAAUUCGCCAUCAGGGCAAGGAAUUGGUUCAGACCGCUAAUUCAGAUCCUGGCAUAGCUGUUGGCUAUGAUGAAUUCAGUUCUGUUGACUUCAGUGGCACAUUCUAUGUCAACACAGACCGAGAUGAUGAUUAUGCUGGAUUUGUCUUUGGUUACCAGUCUAGCAGUCGCUUCUAUGUCCUGAUGUGGAAGCAAGUCACUCAGACAUACUGGGAAAAUAAGCCAACCAGAGCUUAUGGAUACUCAGGGGUGUCCCUUAAGGUGGUGAAUUCCACAACUGGUACUGGUGAACAUUUGAGAAAUGCUCUUUGGCACACAGGAAAUACACCUGGACAGGUGCAAACCUUGUGGCAUGAUCCCAAAAAUAUUGGCUGGAAAGAUUACACUGCCUACAGGUGGCAUUUGAUCCACAGACCUAAGACAGGAUUAAUAAAGGUUGUAGUCUAUGAAGGAAAACAGAUAAUGGCAGAUUCUGGACCGAUCUAUGAUACAACUUAUGCUGGUGGACGAUUAGGUCUUUUUGUCUUUUCACAAGAGAUGGUAUACUUCUCUGACCUCAAAUAUGAAUGUAAAGAUGCCUGAAUUAUUGCAGCUCUGUAAAAAGCAAUGUACUGUAGAUGCCGUUCAACCUAGACACCUCUAUACAUCCUAGUA